AUUUCAGAGCAUGCGUUGUAAUCUUGUCAGUGGAAGAACAGCGACACACGCACACUUUUGCAAAGCACCCUGUACAGCGAAAGACUGCAGAUUGAAUCAUGGCUGAAGAGGGAACUGCCGAGUUGGGAACUGCAUACGAAGGCGCCAAAGAUGAUAUCAAUGACAAGCUUGUGUUGGACUUAGCGUGGGAGCGUCAGCAGAAAAAGACGUUCACGGCUUGGUGCAACUCUCACUUGAGAAAGGUCGGUGUCAAGAUCAACGAACUGGACCAGGACUUCCGUGAUGGGUCUAGUCUGCUGCGUCUCCUGGAGCUCAUCUCAGGAGACAAGGUGCCCCCAGCGGAGAAGAGGGGCAAGAUGAGGGUACAUAAGAUUGCCAACGUCAACAAGGCACUCAAGUUCAUCUCUGAACAUGGCGUAAAGCUGGCCGGAAUUGGAGCCGAAGAGAUUGUCGACGGUAACCUAAAGAUGACACUGGGGAUGAUCUGGACCAUCAUUCUGCGUUUUGCCAUCCAAGACAUUUCUGUUGAAGAGUUGUCAGCCAAGGAGGGUCUCCUGCUCUGGUGUCAGAGAAAGACAGCCCCCUACAAGAACGUCAACGUGAAUAACUUCCACAUCAGUUUCAAGGAUGGGCUUGCCUUCUGUGCUCUCAUUCACCGUCACCGUCCUGACCUCAUUGACUAUGACAGCCUCAAGAAGGGUAAUGAUAUGGAUAACCUUAACCUUGCCUUCGAGGUAGCAGAGAAGCAUCUGGAUAUCCCCAAAAUGUUGGAUGCCGAAGACAUUGUCGCCACACCCAAGCCAGACGAGAGGGCUAUCAUGACCUACGUCUCCUCCUACUAUCACGCCUUUUCCAGCUCGGCUCAAGCAGAACAAGCAGCCAAGCGUAUCGGACAGGUACUUGACGUCAACAAGGAGAACGAGAAGAUGAUGGAAGACUACGAACAAAUGGCUACUACACUCCUCGAGUGGAUAGCAUCUACAAUGCCAUGGGUUGAGGACCGCACCCCUGAGACCACCCUCCCCGAGACACAGAGUCGACUGGAAGAGUUCCGUCAGUACUCGACUGUGACCAAGCCUCCCAAGGCCCAGGAGAAGGGAGAGCUGGAGACCCACUUCCACACUCUUCAGACCAAGCUUCGCCUUAGCAACAGACCUGCCUAUGUGCCCUCUGAGGGAAAACUUGUCUCAGAUGUCAACACUUCGUGGAAGAACCUCGAGGCUGGAGAGAAGCAGAAGCAAGAGUUCCUCAUGAGUGAGUUGCAUCGAUUGCAGCGGCUCGAGCACCUGGCUGCCAAGUUUGAGCACAAGGUGGGAAACACCGAGAAGUGGGCUGAUGGAAAGGACGAGAAACUGUCACGCAAUGAUGACAUUGAGAGUGCCAACCUCGCCGAAAUACUGGCCCUGGACAAGAUUCACGACACUUUUGAGAGUGACUUGGAGGCAGCAAAUUCUCGCAUUACUUUGCUGGAAACCAUUGCUGCUGAGCUGAGGGAUUUAAACUAUGUCAACUCUGAAAAUGUGGAUGCUCGUCUUCAAGGAGUGAGAGACACCUUCACUAACCUCAAGCAGAUGUCUGAUGAUCGCAAGGCAAGGAUUCAAGAGGCCAUUGCUUCCCAGCAAAACCUGGACUCUAUUAGAUUGGACUACGCCAAGAGAGCCGCUACCUUCAACAACUGGAUGGACAACACCCUUGAUGACCUGGCUGAGACAGAAGUGUGCUCUAGUAUCACUGACGUAGAGGCGCUCCAGGCCAAGCACGAAGAGUUCAAGACUGGUGAUCUCCAAGAGGCCAAUGUGAAGUACGAUGAGCUGAACGGUCUGGUGACUACAAUGGCUGAAAUGGGCUCCUCUGAAAACCCCUACACUGCACUCUCACCUCAGGCUGUGUAUGACAAGUGGUGCUCUGUGUUGGAUGCUGUGCCCCAGUACGAGGCUAACCUUAACGUGGAGCUGGAGAAACAACAGGGCAACGAGGAACUACGUGUUGCCUUUGCUGAGAAGGCCAACGUUGUGGGUGCCUACAUCGAGGAGAGGAGCACUGCCCUGGCUGAGUUAAGCAUGGAGGGUAAGGGAACAAUGGAGGAACAACUGGAGGCUAUGAAGGCAUUCCAAGAAGAGACAGUCGCCUACCAACCUGAGAUAGAUGCUGCAGAGUCUGCUAAUCAAGCCUUGGAGAAUGCUAUUGUGUUUGACAACCCUCAUACCCAGUACUCCAUGGACUCCAUCCGCUCCAGCUGGGCUCUCCUUAUGGCUGCCAUCAACAGGGCUACCAACGAGACUCAAAACCAAAUCCUCAUCCGCGACUCUAAGGGUCUCUCUGAGGCUCAGCUCCAAGAGUACAGACAGUCGUUCAACCACUUUGACAAGGACAAGUCUGGUCAAUUGGACAAGAACGAGUUCCGUGCCUGCCUCCUCAGUCUGGGUUACAAGCUUGGCAACGACCCUAUGGCUGACCCCGUGUAUGACAAGAUCUGGGGAGAUAUUGAUCCCAACGAGACUGGCUACGUCAGUUUUGAGGCCUUUGUCCAGUUCAUGAGCAAAGAGAUGGUGGAUGAGGACUCCGCCGACCAGGUCAUGGCUUCCUUCAAAAUUCUCGCUGGAGAGAAGGCAUACAUCACAGCUGAUGAGCUUCGCAGAGAGCUCCCUGGUGAGCAAGCAGAGUACUGUAUUGUGCGCAUGGCCCCCUACACCGGCCCCGAUGCUCCCGAGGGUGCUCUGGACUACAUGUCCUUCUCAACUGCUCUCUACGGGCAAAGCGAGCUCUGAUUCAACAAACAAACAUUGCCCUCUUGUGUUGGCUUGUGAACUUGUAGUUUUAUGAAGUAUAAUUCGCUCUUAGAUUGAACUUGUAGAUUGUUAUAAUUAUUGUAGCUACGUAUAUUAAUUUUCUAGUGUGUGUGCCUGUUUGAUUCACUGUGAUAUUUUCCUUUGGUUUGUGAUGCAGAAAGUUAUUUUGCCCCCUAAAAAUUAAUUAUUGUAACAAUACA